AUGCGCACAAAAAGUAGUCCGGUGCUGCGGCGGCUGUGGCGGCGGCGGCGGCAUGUGAGUAGGGGUCGGCGGGGGAACCGGGCCGGGGAAGCGGCCCUGGAGAUCACGGCACGCUACUGCCGGAGCGAGAUGGAGCAGUACGGGCGGUGCGUGGCCGCCAGCCCGGCCUCAUGGCAGCGCGAUUGUCACCGUCUUCGCCUCAGCAUGUCCCGCUGUGCCGCCGCCCACCCGAUCGUGCAGCAGAUCCGCCAGGACUGCGCGGAGCCGUUCGCCGCCUUCGAGCAGUGCCUGAAGGAAAACCAAGCCUCCGUCAUGAACUGCAGCGACCACGUCAACGCUUUCCUGCUCUGCGCCGACCAGGUGAAGCUCUCCGCGUGA